AUGGCGGAACAUCAAUACCAGACUAGAAGCAAAGGAGGUCUGUAUUCUAAUACAGACUUGAACUAUUUCUCUGAUGAUUCGGUGGCGACUGAUAACUCUGACUACGAUGACGGGUUUAUAGAUGGUGACGACGAUAUGGGCAUGACUAAUGCCUCUUCAAGACCCAAGCCCAAAAAACAGGUUCGCAAGACCAAUCAAAAGAAUAAAAAAAACAACUCUUCAACCAAUGAGACCCUAAACAAACUGGCAGCCAAGGAUCAAACAUUUCUGCAUGAUGUGCAGACGGACGCACCGCCUGACUUUGUUCCCGAUGUCGUUUCAGGUCUAUUUCGUAGAAACGAUUUCAGCUAUUUGAAACUGAAACCCGACCACGCAUCGCGGCCUCUCUGGAUUUCUCCUGGAGACGGCAGGGUUAUCUUAGAGAGUUUCUCGCCCCUAGCAGAGCAGGCGCAAGACUUUUUGGUUACAAUUGCAGAGCCAGUUAGCCGGCCUUCGCACAUCCAUGAAUAUAAAAUUACAGCCUACUCUCUGUACGCGGCUGUGUCUGUGGGUCUGGAGACGGACGACAUUAUAGCAGUUCUUGAUAGGUUGUCUAAGGUUCCUGUGGCGCCUUCGAUUAUCAACUUCAUCAAAAGUGCAACAGUGUCUUAUGGUAAAGUGAAGCUUGUCAUUAAACAUAACAGGUAUUUUGUCGAGACCUCUCAGGCAGACAUUCUUCAAAUGUUACUAAAAGACCCAGUGAUAGGGUCACUCAGAAUAGACUCGGAUGCCACUCCGGCCCCCAACAAGGCCGGUUCCCAGCAAGCCUCGAGGCCUAAUGAAAGCGCCCCUAGUGAAAAGGUUGACCCUAAUGAUGUGGAGGCAGUUUUCUCUUCUGUUGUUGGCGAGAUCCGGUUAGAUGAUGACAAUGAUGAUAUUGACGCCGUUCAUGCCUUCGAAAUUGCCAAUGAAUCUGUUGAAAUUGUCAAGAAAAGGUGUCAAGAAAUUGAUUACCCAGUUCUAGAAGAGUACGACUUCCGCAAUGAUCAUAGAAACCCGGAUUUGGACAUUGACCUCAAACCUUCUACUCAAAUUAGACCUUAUCAGGAGAAGUCUUUGAGUAAAAUGUUUGGUAAUGGUCGUGCUAGAAGUGGUAUCAUUGUUUUGCCUUGUGGUGCUGGUAAAACCUUGGUGGGAAUCACAGCAGCUUGCACUAUCAAAAAAUCUGUGAUUGUGCUUUGCACUUCGUCUGUCUCUGUCAUGCAAUGGAGACAACAAUUUCUUCAAUGGUGCACCUUACAACCCGAGAAUGUUGCGGUUUUCACAUCAGAUAACAAGGAGAUGUUUCAAACGGAAUCAGGCCUCGUUGUUUCAACCUAUUCUAUGGUGGCAAAUACCAGAAAUAGAUCACACGAUUCUCAGAAAGUCAUGGAUUUUCUUACCGGGAGAGAAUGGGGGUUCAUCAUUUUAGAUGAAGUUCAUGUUGUUCCCGCCGCCAUGUUUAGAAGAGUUGUUACUACCAUAGCAGCACACGCUAAGCUAGGUCUUACAGCUACAUUGGUGCGUGAGGAUGACAAAAUUAGUGAUUUAAAUUUCCUUAUUGGUCCCAAAUUGUAUGAAGCAAAUUGGAUGGAGCUUUCGCAGAAAGGACAUAUUGCUAAUGUGCAAUGUGCCGAAGUGUGGUGCCCAAUGACUGCUGAGUUCUAUCAAGAAUAUUUGAGAGAAAAUGCAAGGAAGAGAAUGUUACUAUACAUCAUGAAUCCCACAAAGUUUCAGGCUUGUCAAUUUUUGAUACAGUACCACGAGAAACGAGGAGACAAAAUUAUCGUCUUCUCAGAUAAUGUUUACGCACUACAGGAAUACGCCUUAAAAUUAGGGAAACCAUUCAUUUAUGGUUCAACACCUCAGCAAGAAAGAAUGAACAUUCUACAGAACUUUCAGUUCAACGACCAAAUUAACACAAUAUUUUUAUCGAAAGUGGGAGAUACAUCAAUUGAUUUGCCGGAAGCAACUUGCUUGAUCCAGAUAUCUUCGCAUUACGGUUCCCGUCGUCAAGAGGCGCAAAGAUUGGGUAGAAUUUUGCGGGCCAAGAGACGUAAUGAUGAAGGAUUUAACGCAUUCUUCUACUCUCUUGUAUCCAAAGACACUCAAGAGAUGUACUAUUCAACCAAAAGGCAGGCAUUUUUGGUUGAUCAAGGUUAUGCUUUCAAAGUCAUUACCCACUUACAUGGCAUGGAGAGUCUUCCUAAUUUAACCUACUCGACAGCACGCGAACGUCGCGAGCUUCUUCAAGAAGUGCUCUUAAAAAACGAAGAAGCUGCUGGUAUUGAGGUUGGUGACGACGCGGAGAAUUCUGUCGGCCGUGGGGCGCAUGCAAACAAGAAAGCUAAGUCAAAGGCUGUAAGGGGAGAGGGCUCCCUUUCAGGCCUGGCUGGCGGUGAGGAUAUGGCGUAUGUGGAGUACUCGUCUAAUAGGAACAAGGACCUGAAGGAACAUCACCCAAUGAUUCGAAAACUGUAUUAUAGAAACGCUAAGAAAUAG